GGCGUGUUCACGCUCGAGCUGUUCCUUCCAGAAGAGUAUCCGAUGGCACCGCCAAAGGUGCGCUUCCUGACGAAGAUCUACCACCCUAAUAUCGACAAACUCGGUCGCAUCUGUCUAGACAUUCUCAAAGACAAGUGGAGCCCCGCGUUGCAGAUCCGGACAGUACUACUCUCGAUACAAGCCCUACUCAGCGCGCCGAACCCGGACGACCCGCUUGCGACCGAUGUUGCGAAGCACUACAAGGAGAACGAGGCCGAUGCCCAGCGUGUCUCGCGCGAGUGGACCGAGAAGUACGCUCACGCCUAAGACCUCGCCGCUCUUUCUCCCUAUCGCAGUCUCUCGCAUCGAGCGGGUUGCUAGCAUUGAAGAAGAGAUGAUGUACAGAAUAACAGAGAGGGGUUAUAGGUGAUAGAGGUGCGAGAUUGGGUUAUACGCCAUCGUGUGAAGGUGUAGCCAAUGGGUAUGUACGCUUCUGCGAGUAUUGACUGUUCUUUCUGUAUCCUCCACUGUCCUUCCUGGACCAACGAACAAGAAACGAUCAUCUUACGACUAUCAC